AUGUCGUCCAAUAAUCGCCAGGGGGAAGCCGCUCUUUCCAAAGAAAACUACCAAGAAGCCUUGAAAUAUUUCAAUGGUGCACUCAAUGAAGAGUUCAACCCACAAUACUUGGCCAACAGAGCUAGAGCGUAUAUUGGUCUAGGAAACCUUGAUCUUGCUGAUGCUGAUAUCAAAAAGGCCUUAAAUGCUAACCCAAACUCUGCUCAUGCUCAUGCUGCUAUUGGGGAAAUGGAAUUGAAGCAACAAAAGUACGAAUCUGCUGCCAACGCUUUUGAAAAAGCGGCGACUUUCAACGAGCAACAUGAGCGUGAUGAAUCUCUUAAAACCCAUUUGAACAACCGAUUGGAACAUAUGUCCAGUGUUUUGGGUGGUUCUGUGUCUCAGGACAGAUCCUUAGGAGAAAACGAAAGAGGUCUUUCUAGUAUGAUCAUGGGUCAGCUUUUGAACGGUGGUGGUUCAACCUCCAGUAAGUUCUCUAUGUUGUCUAAAUUAUUUAUGAGCAACAGUGGUCAUUCAACCGGUGGUUCUGGAUCCCAAAGUUUAGGUUCUUUAGGUCCUAUGGUUGCAUCUAUUGCUUCGUCCAUGGGUAGUAGUAGUGGUGGUAGUAAUAACAGUAGUGGUAGUGCUGGUGGAUUAUCCUCAUUACUUGGCUCCUUUGCUCAAGGUGGCUCUGGUAAUGGUAGCUCUUCAGGGAACAGUGGUCUUUCUAGUAUGAUCAAUAGUUUUGUUGGUAGCCAAAGUAACGGUUCCAAUCAAUCUUCAGGCAAUCAUGGCUCUAAUCAAUCAUCUGGUGGGGUUUCUCAAUAUGCCUCCAUGGCCCAAGGAUUUAUGGGCUCCCAAGGAGGGCAUGGCUCUCAACAAGGAGGGCAUGGCUCUCAACAAGGAGGGCAUGGCUCUCAACAAGGUGGCGGGUUCUCUCAAUAUGCUUCCAUGGCCCAAGGAUUUUUGAGCUCUCAAGGUAGUAACUCUCAGCAACAAGGCGGUCACAAUUCCUCAGGUGGUGGUUUCUCACAAUACGCUUCCAUGGCUCAAGGGUUUUUAGGCUCCAGUGGUUCUAAGCAAGGUAACCAGAGCUCUCAGCAAGGUAGUCAAAACUCUUCUGGUGGUGGUCUUUCUCAGUAUGCCUCUAUGGCCGAAAGCUUCUUGGGCUCUCAAAGUGGCAACCAUCAAGGUGGACAAGGAUCUUCUGGUGGUGCCAAUUUCUCUCAAUUUGCAUCUAUGGCGGAAAGCUACUUGAAGAAGAAUUAG